AUGUCAUUGCGUGGCUUCGUCCUGUAUUCACUCCCUCUGGACGACUCCAGGAGUGGAGAAAGCACGAAUGUACCAGAGACUGCAGUGGAGACAGAGGAAGGGCUGGAGAACUUCUCAGGCGGGUCUCCACAGAAUAUUUCCUUCCUGAGUGAACUGGCUGCAACAGGAGAUGUUGAGGAGUCAGUUGGAGAAUUUCAGGGGUUCUCACGGGAAAAAGCCCAGAAUAAACAGGCCAAAGGAAACUACUGGAAUAGAAGUGGACCACAGAGUCAAGAAGGAAGCCGUACAUUGAAGACACGGGUUAACUCUAUUCCUCACCAAGGAGGGGGCUUCCAUGAAAUUCUAGUCCGCAACCAUCUCCAAUGGACUCAUUCGGAAGUGAAGCUACUUAUCCGCUUCAAGAGUGGAAUGACAUUCUCCAAUGGAAGAAAGGGGGAUGUAUGUUUUCAGAACCGCAUUAUAAUGAAGGCAUGUAAAUGUUGUUACUGUAAAAAGUCCUUCAGAUACAGAUCUCAGCUCCUUGUACAUCAAAGAAUACAUAUGCCACAGAAGCUUUUUGAAUGUUUGGAGUGUGGAAAGAGAUUCAGUAAGAGUUGCCAUCUUCAACAACAUCAAAGAAUCCACACAGGGGAGAAACGUUUUGAAUGCUCAGAGUGUGGAAAGAGAUUCAAUCAGAGUGGCCAUCUUCAACAGCAUCAAAGAACUCACACAGGGGAGAAACCUUUUGAAUGCUCAGAGUGUGGAAAGAAAUUCAGUCAGAGUGGCACUCUUCAACAGCAUCAAAGAACCCACACAGGGGAGAAACGUUUUGAAUGCUCAGACUGUGGAAAAAGAUUCAGUCAAUAUGGUACUCUUCAACAGCAUCAAAGAACCCACACAGGGGAGAAACCUUUUGAAUGCUCAGAGUGUGGAAAGAGAUUCAGUCAGAGUGGCCAUCUUCAACAACAUCAAAGAAUCCACACAGGGGAGAAACCUUUCGAAUGCUCAGAGUGUGGAAAGAGAUUUUGUCGGAGUGACAGUCUUCAAGAGCAUCAAAGAAUGCACUCAGGAGAGAAACCUUUUGAAUGCUCGGAGUGUGGAAAGAGAUUCAGUAGGAAUAACCGUCUUCAAGAGCAUCAAAGAACCCACAAAGGAAAAAAACCUUUUGAAUGCUCGGCAUGUAGAAAGAGAUUCAGUACCAGUAGCCAUCUUCAAAAGCAUCGAAGUAUUCACACAGGGGAGAAACCUUUUGAAUGCUCAGAGUGUGGAAAGACAUUCAGAAGGAAUAACAGUCUUCAGAAACAUCAAAGAACCCACAGAAGGGAGAAACCUUUUGAAUGCUCAGAGUGUAGAAAGAGAUUCAGUACAAAUGGCCAUCUUCAACAGCAUCAAAGAAUCCACACAGAGGAGAAACCUUUUGAAUGCUCAAAGUGUGGGAAAAGAUUUAGUCAGAGUGACGGUCUUCAAGAGCAUCAAAGAACCCACUCAGAGCAGAAACCUUUUGAAUGCUCAGAGUGUGGAAAGAGAUUCAGUAAGAGUGGCAAUCUUCAACAGCAUCAAAGAACCCACACAGGGGAGAAACCUUUUGAAUGCUCAGAGUGUGGAAAGAGAUUCAGUCAAUAUAGCACUCUUCAACAGCAUCAAAGAAUCCACAAAGGGGAGAAACCUUUUGAGUGCUCAGAGUGUGGAAAGAGAUUCAGUCAGAGUGGCAAUCUUCAACAGCAUCAAAGAACCCACAUAGGGGAGAAACCUUUUGAAUGCUCAGAGUGUGGAAAGAGGUUCAGUACGAGUGGCUAUCUUCAAAAGCAUCAAAGAAUCCACACAGGAGAGAAACCUUUUAAAUGCUCAGAGUGCGGAAAGAGAUUCAGCGUGAGUUCCAGUCUCCAAAAGCAUCAAAGAAUCCACACAGGGGAGAAACCUUUUGAAUGCUCAGAGUGUGGAAAGAGAUUCAGUCAGAGUGGCAAUCUUCAACAGCAUCAAAGAAUCCACACAGGAGAGAAACGUUUUGAAUGCUCCGAGUGCGGAAAGAGAUUCAGCGUGAGUUCCAGUCUCCAAAAGCAUCAAAGAACCCACACAGGGGAGAAACCUUUUGAAUGCUCAGAGUGUGGAAAGAGAUUCAUUCAGAGUGGCAAUCUUCAACAGCAUCGAAGAACCCACACAGGGGAGAAAUGUUUUGAAUUCUCAGACUGUGGAAAGAGAUUAAGUCAGAAUGGCACUCUUCAACAGCAUCAAAGAAUCCACAAAGGGGAGAAACCUUUUGAAUGCUCAGAGUGUGGAAAGAGAUUCAGUCAGAAUGGCCAUCUUCAGCAACAUCAAAGAAUCCACACAGGGGAAAAACCUUUUGAAUGCUCAGAGUGUGGAAAGAGAUUUAGUCGGAGUGACAGUCUUCAAGAACAUCAAAGAAUGCACUCAGGAGAGAAACCUUUUGAAUGCUCGGAGUGUGGAAAAAGA